AUGAGCAGCUUGAAGAAGUUUUUUGGCUCGAAGAAGUCCUCCACGAAUACCACAAAAGAUGCUGUUCACAAAUUGGAAGAUACACGAGACUUAUUGGUGAAAAAGUCUGAGUAUCUAGAAAAGAAAAUCGAAGAAUGUAUUGCAGCCGCAAAGAAAUAUGGAAUGAAAAACAAAAGAGCUGCCCUCAGGGCUCUUGCACAAAAGAAGGAGUACGAGAAACAGCUCACUCGGAUGGACAAUACAUUGAGCAUAAUCGAAAAUCAGCUUCAAACACUUGACAAUGCGGGCACAAACCUCGAAGUAUUCAAGGUUCUUAAAGCUACUGCUGGAAGCCUUAAAGAUGCACAUAAAAACAUGAAUAUAGACGACGUUCAAAACAUUAUGGACGAUAUAAUGGAACAACGGGACAUUGCCCAGGACAUCUCAGACGCCAUCUCCAACCCUGCUACCUUCGGCUUAGAUAUUGAUGAAGAUGAACUUCUUGCCGAACUUGAGGGAUUACAGGUAAUUGCAUUAAGUACGGCACCUGUGAACAGAAAUCUGAUAAAGAUGUCUAGAUGCUUGUGUAUGGGACGGGCGGAUAAAAGUUGCAAGGAAAGGAACUGCCGAGGUGAGUUCCGAAGAACAAAAAUCAAAGUAAUAGCGGUAGAACAGGGACAAUGA